AUGAAGAAGUCUUUGGUUGUCACAAAUGAUGAUAAGGUGAGCAACUAUGUAAAUGAUGAUGUUGCUUUGUCCAUUCUAUCAAAAUUGUCUUUUAAAUCCUUGAAGCGAUUUGAAUGUGUUCGUAAGUCAUGGUCUCUCUUAUCUGACAAUCCUACUUUCAUGAGUAUGUAUCGCCGCAAUUUCUUCUCCAAAUGUUCUUACGAUGACGAUACAUCUCUCAUCCUACAUAUCCAUGGUCAGAAGAAGUUGCAUUCUCUUUCUGGUGAGGGUUUUGAGAACAUGGCCGAGCUAGAUUUGCCCGAUCAAAUCGACCAUUUGAACUUUCUUGGUUUUGGAUGCGUUAAUGGCAUACUUUGUUUUGAAGAACCUCUUUGGAACAAAACUGUAUUGUGGAACCCAACUACUAAUGAGUUGAAGGUCAUUCGUUCAAGCCCUUUUCAAUCAUUCACUCCACCAGCUACCCUUAAUUUUGAAGCUGCAGUUAGAUAUAGUACUAUUCCAAAUCUUCAUGGGUUUGGUUAUGACUGUGUUGGAGAUGACUAUAAGUUAAUUCGUUAUGCAUCGAUAAGACCUAAGUUCCACACUUUUCAGCCAUCUCAUAGAGAUUUAAAAUUAGCGCGGGAUAAAUCAUUAAAGCCCUUUUGGGAGAUUUAUAGUUUAAAAAAUAACUCUUGGAAGAAACUUGAAAUCGAUAUGCCUAGUUGUACCAAGUAUAAUUCUGGUUUUGGGACUUUUCGAGUAUACUUGGACGGAGCAUGUCAUUGGUUGAAUUUAGAUAAAGAAAAUAAUUAUAUUGGGGCAUCUUUAAUAUCAUUUGACUUGAGCAAUGAAGUGUUCAUUAGCACACCCAUUCCCUCAUUCGUCGGAGAGCCGUGUACGGGACUGUUGGUGUUAAAUGGAUCCAUUGCCUUAUUCACAUAUCAUGAGAAUAUGUCUUGUUUUAACAUAUCUACCUUUGACAUAUCAGUUUUAGGUGAAUUGGGUGUUAAGGAAUCGUGGUACAAACUCUUCACUGUUGGGCCGCUCCCUUUCUUUAAGAGUCCUAUCGGAGUCGGGAAGAAGGGCGAAAUAUUCUUCAGAAAGAAUGACUCUGAAUUAGUUUGGUUUGAUUUUAAUACAAACACAAUUAAGCAUCUUGGUUUCAAAGCAGGCCGAGAUAAACGCCGAGGUAAUUGUUUUGGUCGGAUAGUAAUUUAUAACAAAAGUAUGCUUUCAAUUGGAGCAAAAAGCAAUUAAUUGUAUUUUCAUUUUUAAUUUAAG